GGGCUCAUGACGGUAUUCGCAGGCUGUCCUCAGUGAGUUUUACCGUGAGAGGACUUGUCAGCUGCAAAAGGACAUUUCAGUGUUAAACUGUAACUAGAGACUCCGUUGUGCGGUAAAAUUUGAUUCUCAUCAAGCCCAAACUUCAGACUGGUUGAAAAAGAGCUUCAGGGAGGGAGAGCGAGCCCUGGUGUCCACUCGUUGUGCUGGCGACGUUGUUGAAAUGUACUGGGCGGUCUUGUUAUGGAACAUGUAACGGAAGAAGAGGAUGCUUCUAGCACUUUAAUGUACUUUGUGGAGCGCCCUGUGUACAACGAGGAGUACAUUGGGACGCAGCUGCUGCAUAGGAAGGAGAAACAGCCAAAGACUAUAAAGGAAAAGCUAACGGAAGAGUUUCGCUGCUCUUCACGAAAGGCAAAAUCCCUUAUCUUCAGCUUCCUGCCUAUUCUGACAUGGCUGCCCUCGUAUCCUGUGAAACAGUACCUGUUUGGAGACAUUGUUUCAGGACUGAGUACUGGAGUAAUGCAGCUACCUCAAGGCCUGGCCUACGCGUUGCUGGCUGCUGUGCCUCCAGUGUAUGGCCUUUAUUCUUCUUUUUAUCCAGUUCUGCUGUACACAUUCUUUGGAACCUCAAGACACAUAUCAAUAGGCACCUUCGCUGUGAUCAGCCUGAUGAUUGGCGGGGUGGCAGUCCGGGAGGCUCCAGAUUCCGCCUUCGAGAUCCAUGCCACCAAUGGGAGCAACACCACAUCCUUUUUGGACACUGAAGCACGUGAUGCUAAGAGGGUUCAGGUUGCGGUGGCCCUGACCUUCCUUGUGGGCAUUAUUCAGAUCUGCUUCGGCCUCCUGCGGUUCGGGUUCGUCGCCAUCUACCUCACGGAGCCGCUGGUCCGAGGCUUCACCACCGCGGCCGCCGUGCACGUCUUCGUCUCGCAGCUCAAGUACCUCCUGGGAAUCAAAACCCGGCGCUUCAGCGGGUCCCUCUCCGUUGUGUACAGUUUCAUCGCUGUGCUGAAAAAUAUCGGCACCACGAACGUUGCCGCCAUCGUGCUGGGGCUGACCUGUAUUGUGUUCCUGGUAGCAAUAAAAGAAGUCAAUGACCGCUUUAAAAAGAAGCUGCCUGUGCCGAUCCCUGCAGAGAUCAUAGUGGUCAUCAUUUCCACUGGGGUCUCGUAUGGGAUCCAGUUGUUCGAGAAGUAUGAAGUGGAAGUUGUCGGGAAAAUCCCCUCGGGCCUGCUUCCUCCUGCUGUGCCCAAUUUCUCCUUCAUCGCCAACCUGAUAACUGAUGCUAUUGCCAUAGCGGUGGUCGGCUUUUCCAUGGCUGUGUCCAUGGCCAAGAUCUUCGCUCUUAAACACGGCUACACGGUCAACGGCAACCAGGAGCUGAUUGCUCUGGGCGUGUGUAAUUUCGUGGGGUCCUUUUUCCAGACGUUCACAGUCACCUGCUCCAUGUCCCGCAGCCUGGUCCAGGAGAGCACUGGUGGGAAGACGCAGAUUGCAGGGUUGUUGUCCUCCCUGGUGGUGCUGCUUGUGGUUGUGGCUGUUGGCUUCCUCUUUCAACCAUUACCUCAGACCGUGCUGGCAGCAAUUGUCAUGGCGAACCUGAUUGGCAUGUUUAAGCAGUUUAGGGAUAUCCCUUCACUCUGGAGAACCAGCAGGAUUGAACUUGCUAUCUGGCUGGUGGCGUUUGCUGCUUCUGUCCUGCUGGGACUGGAUUAUGGGUUGCUGGUGGCCGUCGGGUUUGCAAUCCUGACGGUCAUUUACAGAACGCAAAGCCCAAAGCACUCAAUUCUGGGGCAGAUUCCUGACACGGGAAUGUACUGCGAUACUGAGGAAUAUGAGGAGGCCACUGAGCGUGUGGGUAUCAAGAUAUUCCAUUCCAACAGCUCUAUCUACUUUGCGAAUAGUGACCUGUAUAUUAAUGGCCUAAAGGAAAAGACCGGCGUGGACCCUGCGAAGCUGCAAGCAAUGAGGAAAGCCAUGGAGAAGAAGAGGAGGAAGGCGACUGAGGCUCAGAACCAGAUCGUCCUUCACGAAAGACAGGCUGUUGUUAAACUCACGGAGGACGAGGAGAUGAGCAUCAAGCACGAGCUGGCGGACCCAGAGGCCCACACCGGUCACCAGGGAAACGGGCAGUUUGCAGCGGUCAAGAUGGACUCCGACAGCGAGGAGGCGCAGAGCUUCCUGGAGCCGCUGACUAACGUGCAUUCCAUCAUACUGGACUUCACUCCCGUCAACUUCAUCGAUUCUGUGGGAGCCAAGGCUCUGAAGUCUGUAAUAAAGGAGUACAACGAGAUUGAUGUCAAAGUGUUUAUCGGGGGAUGCAGCAGGUCCGUCCUUGCUGAUCUGAUCCGACUCGACUUCUUCAGCGGCUCCAUCACCAGAGAGCUGCUCUUUCCCAGUGUCCAUGACGCCGUCUUGUACUGCCAGCACAAAACCUCCCCUCCUGGGGCCGAGUCGCGCGCAGACGACGCGUCGCUGACGGGAGGGGAGCAGUGAGACGGGGUGCCGCGCUGGCCCCGGGCGGUGUGGAGAACGACGGCAGGAGCAGCAGGGCCGAGCUGGCCCGGCUGUUCUUUGCUUUUCCAAGUGCAAUUUCUUUUUUUAUUUACGAUUCUACAUGUUUAAUAAGGGUAGGGGCUUAUUAAGAGGUUUGGUUCCGGUUGUCUGAGUAACAUUCCGGUUUUGCUUUGAGCACAAGGCCGGGAGUCAUUUAUUUUGGAUUAUUUCUACGCCCUUUCCUGUGAAAUUGGGAAUUGGGGCACAUCUCCGUCUACCUACUGUAUAAUGCAGCCUUUUCCUUCAAUCAAGAAGGGUUUACAAAUGGCUGUUUCCAUUUGCUCAUCCCUCCCCCCUGCUGGGGCAAGAAUUGGUUCAAUAGGGUUUUUGUUACACCUCGGUCUUAUUUUCUAGCACCUCUUGCACAAGCACAGCACAGGAAGGGCAUGGCAGUGCUUGCGCGCGUUCCUCUUCUGUUGGGAAGGUCAUGUCAUCAGUCAGCAGGUACUUAAACGUCCGAGAUGUUGCAAAACUGGUAAGAGAGGGUAACUGAUACACUAGGGAGGAGCCUGCAGGUCAUUUUCCUACAGAGUCGAUGUCAAACGUCAGAGGCAGGCAGGGGAUAUGUGAGGCUACUAUACCUUUAAUUUCAGCAUCAUAAUCAGUGUGCUUUGUAGUUCUUAAUUUAUCCAUUUUGGUAACUUGAUGUAGUUUUAUUUUACCUCUUUUUUCAGUUUUUACAAAACCUCUUGUGAACAAUAUAGAAAUUAACCCAAAAAGGCAAUUAUGUUGGUGUUGUAAAACGUUGAUAAACCUGAAUGUUCUGAUGUGUUACUGCAGACAGUUACACUGUAGGGCUGCCAUGGUGCAUAAUGAGAGGAAGGAUUUGCUUAUACAGUCCCGUUUUUACAUUUCUGUUAGAUCAAAAGCUUAUAUCAUUUGAAUAAAAUAUUUUUGAAAAGUUGAUUUUAUCGGUAACAUUCUAAUCUGGAUAGAGCAUUUAAAGUGAUGUGAAUGACCAGCACAAUGUAAAAUUUGAUUUUUGUUUUUUUUUUUGCUUUGCUUUUAAAUAUUAGUGGAAUACUUUAAUGUUGCUGCAGUAUGUUUAUAUGGUUAUGUAUUUUGCUUGAUUGCACAGAAUAGUUUUGCAUACAUCAGAGUUGCUGGAAUAAGAAAAUCAGGAAAAAUGUUUGAGCUGCAGGUAGACUUCAGACUGUCAUUUUAGAUAUUUAUUUAUUUGAGUUACUUAUGCCAAUUUUUGUUCUUCACAACAAGGCAAGGGAGAGAGAGUGGUUUAGUCUCUGUAGAAAGAGCUGUUGUACACAAUUCAGUAUAAAAUGUGGGAGGCCUGAAUUCAGAUUUGGAAAUCUCAGUGCCUGAGCAAUUGGGUCAGCCUGAUUGAAGCAGUCAUUCCUCUUCAGGUGGUGAACUCUGAACGCACAGCUGUACAAUGUGACUGUACCAACCGAUUCAAGACUGCAAUAUCUCUAAAAUAGUUGACACUAUUUUAGAAAAGCUGACGGUGUUAUCAGUCUUGCAUUUUGGUAUCCUGCUGAUUCACCUUCAAAAACAACAAAUUGGUAAAGACUAGCAAACUUCAGAUUUUUCAGCAUAUUGUAUUUUUUGUGCAGCAUUGUGCAAUUAGUUAUCUUAAAUAAUAUUUUUCUAAUAAAUCUUUCAUUAAUGUUAA